CGGACAGUCGGUGUCGCGCCAGGCCCCCGCUAGCGGCUAGCCAAGCAAGCAGCAAGCAGUCGCAAUCCCGUCGCCUAACCAGCAUUGCUCGCCUUACCUUUUCACCCUCUUAUAAAAUCGUCAGCUGCAUAUAUUUGCCCCGUUCCAUCAGCCGGUCCCUCCGACGUCGUUCGUCGUUGUUCGUCGUCGCCAUUGCUGCCGCCACCGCCGCCGUCGCCGCUGCUGCUACUGCCGUCGUCAUCGUCGCACACGCAGUACGUCGUCGUUAUUGCUCUUGCAAUCGUCGUCUAGUCGCGCGUGGUUUUUAGCAGCGGAUGUAUUGAAGGGAAAGCGCGAGCGAACAUAAAAACGGAAUUCUUGUGUUCGAGUAAACUGAUUAUGAGUUGGAACAGUGCAGCAGUUGAGCACACAUCCGGGCCAGCGUUGUUAAAGUGAGAACAAGUUUUCGUGGUUUUCUUCGUGUGUCGCGAUCCGGCUGAUCGACCGGAACUGUAAAGUGAGAGUAAUAAAAGGAAAAGUAUAUUUUUCGCCGUUUCUCGUUAGUGAGAAAGAGAGCAAGUGCAGCGUCCAAAGGAAACGGCUAUUAAAGCGAAGCUCGUAUGUCACACGUUGAAAGAACAAGCCGUGUCAUCGUUGAAAUAAGUGCUGACAAAUAAGAUAUAUAUGUACUUUUGUGUGUUGUUCGUUACUACAGUGAGAAGUUGCAAGCUCCAAAGAAGCAGCGAAGUCUCACCGACCGCCUAACCUGUCACGGUGACCGACAUCACGGCGAGAUCGCGGCUGAUACCUCCGCGUGUUCCGGCGCAAGAACAGCAGAAUCCGGAGUUCGACCGCGGGAGGAACCAGGAGUGCGCCGAAUAAAUGACGUAAAUCCGAGGAACGGAAACGCAACGUCACUCGCUAACUCGCAAUUCCCCCUCUCCCUCCUCCGAACCUCCUCUCCCUCCCUCUUCUCUCUCUCUCUCUCUCUCUCCUCCCCUUCCUCUCUCUCUCUCUCUCUCUCUCUAUCUAUCUCUCCUCACUUUUCCAUCGUUUCCACGUCUCUCCUGCCCCGCCCUCCCCCGCCCGCCCCUUCUCGCACCUCCCCACGCCUCCCCCUCCGGCAUACCACCGCCUCUGACCCCGGAACCACUUACGAUCCACGAUCCCCGAUCCACGCAGCCGGACCCCCUGUCUGCCCCCCCGUCCCUUCCGCCGCCUCUUCUCCGCCCCGCUUCUUACGUCGCCCACUCUCGCCUUCUCUCGUGCUUACUCUCGAAAAACCUCUCCCUGCUCCCCGACUGUGCGUCUCUCUCGUCCACCGAAGAGACCACCCCACCGCUCCCUUUCACCUUAUACCUCAAGAGUAAAGCCGCAUCUCUCGUCCCUCCUUCUGCUUCUCCUUUUUCUUCUACUUCUUCUUCUUCUUCUUCUUCCUCCUCCUCGAAGAGGUACAGUUCAGGUGACCCUCUUUUUCCUUCCCCUCCUCCCAAUUCGAGAGAGAGCCUCACGCUACCUCACCUCCAGAAUCAACCUUCUUCUCUUACGGCCUACCGCUACUACUACUAGUUACUACCACUACUAUUACUGUUACUACUAUUACUACUACUACUACUACUACUACUACUACUACUACUACUACCUCUUCCCGGAGUCGUCCAUCCUCGUCCUCGUAGUAGAGUACCACGAGACACCACGCGUUAGCUUGAGAACCGGCUUGAAGGACACCACGACCGGCUUUUUGAGACGCAUAUAUAUAUAUAUAUACGCGUGUAUAUGUAAGAAUAGAAAAGUCGAGCAACAGCAGCAACAGUCAGCCUACAUAUAUAUAUGUAUAUAUAUAUAUAUUGUACAUCUGUAAUUAUUCGAUAAACGAAACGCGCCUAAGAGAGCAGCACUGUAUACACACAACAUAUACACACGUAACACACGUAUACACGCAUACUCCUCCUCGUGGUCGACGUUCAGCUUCUCUCUCGGAAGGCUUUCAAGCUUUUUUGCCCAACUGUACCAUCGCUCUGGUUGCUAAAGCGCGCGCCCUCUAUAAAGCUGUCCGAGUGCAAAGGAUAAAAGGAGGAUCGAAGGAAGGAUCGAAGGAUUACCUUACUUACGCCUAUAUUACCUCGUCUAUAAAGACAAAAGAGAAAGAAAAGCAGAGAUCGGAAAGAGGCUCAACAACAACAACAGUAGCAGCAACAACAACAAUAACAACAGCAUCGCCUAAACGAAUCCACGAAGCCUAAUCGCUGACAAUAUACAUAAUAUAUAUAUAUAUAUACACACACAAGAAAAAAGAAAGAAAAAACGUACGUUUGUUUGUUGCCAACCUUUGAUACUCCUGUUUCACUUUCUUCUCACCAACACACACGUGAGAAUUCUUCUUCCUCUUUCGCCAAUCGCUACCGCAAAUUCCCCCCGUCGCACCGAUCUCUAACCUCGCACCUCGAGGCCUCGAGACGCGAACAUUUUCUCCACCUGGAGACUUUAAAAAGUCGGUGACGAGGAUAGAAAGGAAAAGAGAAAGAAAAGAAAAAGGAAAGAAAAGGAAGCUCUCUUUCUCCACGUUAAUCACGCUUAACACAGCUUAACCGGCAAACAGCGCUAAGAGCCGCGCACACUGGUCUCUCACCCGACUAAACGGCUGCGAUCGAUAACGAGUGGUGUUUGAUAAAGAGCAACCGAGGCGAUAACGGUGUGUGUGUGUGUAUGAUCGUCUAAAAAUAGUAUAGAGAAUUGGCCGUACGUACAUUUGCCGGUGACAAUCGUAGCAAGCCUUUCACGUACACACGGACGGGUGUUCGAUAAUAAUAAUAAUAAUAAUAUUAAUAAUAAUAAUAGUAAGCGACAACGAAGGUAGCGAGGCGAGUUAAAAAAGAAGAGAAGGAAGGAAAAUUGAGAGGAAGAGAGAGGAUUUUAAGAGAGGGUUCUCCGAAAACUCGGGCGAGUUAGAGAAGAUAAGUCGAAUCUUCGCACGGUUCUUUGCCGCGUGUUCUUUUUUUUUUUUUUUCCUACGUGACUCGCACUACCACGGAAGAUAGAAAAGCUAGAGGCCCGAAGAUAGAGAAACUCUACACGGAAGAUAGAAAAAGAUCGAAGAUCUGCAGACUUGCCACUUGGGACCCGUUCAUGGGACAAUAAGUUACUCCUCGCUCCUACUCAAAGAAACACUUCUUGCUCGAAAAAGACGGUGCGAGUGAACGCGACCGUGAACAGGCUACGUGGGGAUCGAGAGGAAGAGGAGAGAUAAAGUUGAAAAGUCGGGUCGAAUAGCCGGACUUUUGUGUUAUCCUUCGCUCGAAGAGGAAGUUAUAAGUCCCACGGUCUUCCAGGACUUGGAAUUAUGGCAAUGGUCAACAUGAAUAACCUGCUGAACGGCAAGGACUCCCGGUGGCUGCAGCUAGAGGUUUGCAGAGAGUUCCAGCGCAACAAGUGCACCAGGCCCGACACGGAGUGCAAGUUCGCCCAUCCACCGGCUAACGUCGAGGUGCAGAACGGACGGGUCACCGCUUGCUACGACAGUAUCAAGGGCCGAUGUAAUCGGGAAAAACCCCCAUGCAAAUAUUUCCAUCCACCGCAGCAUCUGAAGGACCAGCUUUUGAUAAACGGGCGUAACCAUUUGGCCCUAAAGAACGCGCUGAUGCAGCAGAUGGGUCUUACACCGGCCCAGCCACUAGUGCCUGGCCAGGUACCAGCAGUGGAGGCACCAGCACCUCCGGCACCACACCAUCACCUUCAACAGCAAAUCCAGCAGCAACUUCUCGCUACCCACGCCUUUAUGGCGACGAAUCCGUACCUGACCGGUAUGCCGCAGGUUGGCAACACGUACAGCCCGUAUUUCGCGCCCAGCCCCAUCAUGCCAGCGAUCAUGGGGCCUGCGGACCCAACCGGAGUCGGAAGCCCAUUGGGCGUGGUCCCGCAGACGGUGGCGAUGCCGCAGAAGAUGCCACGUACCGACCGCCUCGAGUUACUGGACACCCUCCCGGUGUGCCAAGAUUUUAAUCGACAAGUGUGCAACCGUCCCGCCUGCAAGUUUAUCCAUCUCAGUGACGGAAACGUGGAGGUGAUCGAGAAUCGCGUGACCGUGUGCAGGGACGCAGUGAAGGGCGCGUGCAUGCGACCCCAGUGUAAAUAUUAUCACAUACCGGUCGCGUUGCCGCCAGCGCCCUUGAUGGCGAUCACAUCGCCUGCGACGCCCUAGUUACUCCUUCUCGUUUAGCGGAUGUGUGUAUCACGACGAGGCGAGGAGAUAGAACAACCGGCAGACAGAUGCAGAUGAUGGAGCGGACGAGGGAGAGAAAAGUCUUGAGAGAAGAUUUGAAGAUACUCGACGAGGGAUCGAAAGGGAAGAAGAAAUGGAAAACGACGAAACGAGGAAAGAAAAAAAUAAAUAAAUAAGAGGAAAUGGAAGAGAGAUGACAAGAGACAGAUAGAUAGAGAGAGAAACGGAGAGAAAGAUAGUAAAAGGAAGUAAAAGGAUAAAAAAAAGGAGGAAAGAACAAGAGAGCUUCUCGUAAAAACGGCCUUGAUGAUCACAUCGAGCAAGAUCGAAACAAGGAGAAACAAGAGAGAUGCAUAUGUGUUUCAAUGUGUCUUCGUCGUUCUCUUCGUCGUCGUCGUCGUCGUCGUCUUCGGUGACGCAGGAAGGAUCGACUCGAUUCUAUUUCAUCCUCCUCUGCGAAUCUCCUCCGAUACGUAGGUUUUCGUCGAGCUAGAUAGAGAUCGGGAGAAAAGGCGAGCGUGAUCGAACGCGGAUCAAAGAGGGAGGGGCGGAUCGAAGAAACGAAAUUCGUAUGGAUAUCCAGCCAGUAUGGCUGAUGGAAAGAAUGGGUACGAAUUUCGUCCCCAUUCUUCUUCUCGCCCCCUCCCUCCUCGUGCUAUCCCUUGAAGAUGAAAAACGCGCAUUCGAAAAAGAAAAUAAAUAAAUAAAUGAAUGAAUAUAUAAAUAAAUGAAACAAAAAACGAAUGACGAAAUGAAAAGAAACGCUAAAUUCGUUCGUCGUGGAUUAUGUUUCUCUCUGGCUCCGCCAAUUUAUUUUCUCCUCCUUGCGCGCAUAAUGUGUUCGUCCUUCACUUUCGUUGAAUCACUUUCGACGGUCAGAUGAUCGUCGUUUCGCCCGUUUUCGGGAACGUGUUACUCGAUAACGGUAUUAAUUAAACGGAUUAUCUCUGGUUUAAUUAAGAUUACUUUGUUCGUUGAAUGAGUCGCGAACAAAAUUGAGUGCAAUAUUCGUGAUUAUGUAGGAUGGACGCAUCGAGUGGUCGUCGAAUUGUCGAAGAUCAGCGAGAGAAACGUACACUCGAGUGGCCGACGGUACACGAGGUCUUCCUUGAUCCUGUCUUUUCUUUUUUUUUUUUUUUUUCUCUCUAAUUCUCUUAACACUUCCACGAAAAAGAGGCAAAACAAGAGUACGAGUACGUCGAAAUAAUCGAAUUUUAGAGAAAAUUUUUUCUUUCAAAAAAAAUCCAUCGAGCUUCAAAGUAUUCGUUUAAUCGUCUAAAGCUUUUCCAUCGAGUUCUGUUUCGCUCGAUUUGAGAUUCUUUCUCCGUUAUUAAUCACCACCACUUCUUUUUUGCUUCAAUAUCUUCCUUUCUUCUUUUUUUUCCCCCCCCUUCAAUUAUAUCCACUUCACCUUCCAAUUUCCGGAAACACCCAUUUCCGUGGAAAACUUCCAUUAACCUCGAGUGUCUUAUUCGAUUCGUGAUUUCUGUGUUCUUCCACGCGAUCGCUGAUCGGGAAUAAAUUGAAAAGAAUUUACCAGUUCAUCGCGAGACACGUUCUCGAGAGAGAGAGAGAGAGAGAAAGAGAGAAACAGGGAAUCGCGGUUGAUGUUCCAUGUAAGAUCUUGGUACCAUUAUGUGUACAUAUAUUAUAUACUACGUACUAUGCAUACAGAGGGAAACGUGGUUAGAAGUUAUACGAUCCCCUGGGAAACCGAGUAUAUCCCGAGUUGCGGGAUCGUAAAAUUUCUUCGCGUUCGUGCCAAUCGAACGAAUUCAUAUCGUACGAGUAUUAGGCUUGUUCGGAUCUUUGCAGUGGAUCUGAUAUAUCAUCGGUUAUGGAAUAAUUUAACUCUUUUGAUGUUGCUACCGUUCAUUUUAUUAUCUCUUGCCGAAUCGAUACCGUUAUCGUAUCGUAUCGAGGAAUUCCCCUUUCAAAGCCAUUUUCCGACUGUUCAAGUCAUUCUUGUUUUGGGGGAAAAAAGGUUAAUGAUGAUUAUUGGUUCCUACGAGAAGUGAAAGAGAAAAAUAUUUAUAUUAUUGUGUAUAGUUUUUUAGAUAAGUAGUAAGAUGUUAAAAAAAAGGAAGAGAGGGAGAGAGAGGGAGAGAAAGGGAGGGAGAGAAAGGGAGGGAGAGAAAGGGAGGGAGAGAAAGAGAGGGAGGGAAAGAGAAAGAGAGAGAGAGAGAGAGAGAGAUUUCUAGAAAAGAAGAAUUUCUAGAGAAUGAACGAUUUUUUUUUUAGCAUUACAGUAUUAUUGUUCAAUUUUAUUAAGAUGUAAGAUAUUCGAUUAUUUAUUUCACAAAUUGUUUAAUUAAUUAAUUAUUAAUUAUUAAUUGAAAAGAUUUCAGAAACUGGAAUCUUCAAAAAAAAAAAAAAAAGAAAAAAGAAAAAAAUAUAUAUUUGUAUAUUUUCACCGAGUUAAUUUAUAUACAUUUGAAUAAAAUCAACGAUUAAUAUCAGAAGGGUUGUUCGACCAUAAGUCUAUCAGCAAUCGAUUAUCUCGACAUGACAAAAAAAUCUUCAAGGGAUGCACUGCGCAUUCAAAAGUAAAAACUGACCCCCCAAUAUAACGAAUAACGAAGUUUUUUAUACUCGUAUAUACACUAAAUGAAAAAUUCACUGAUAUUUUGUUUCUACAUCGAUAUAAUUGCGCGUGUGCACGCACCUGAUCACCUGAUCGAUCGAGCGUACGUGCACACGCGCCAGGAGGCAUUGAUUUCGCGAAAAAUUAAACAGAAUAAUAAUAAUAAUAUAUAUAUAUAUAUAUAUAUAAAUAUAUACAUAAGUCGAAGGAGGGAAAACGAACGACGCGAGAGUGAGAGAAAACAGCGAAAUAUUGAUUAUAGAACAGGAUUCGAUCGUAAAUGAAACGACGAAACGAUACAUACAUAUAUAUAUAUUACACAUAUUAUAUAAAUAUAUAAAUAUAUACAUAAAGAGGGGAAAAAAAAAAGAAAAAAAAUAAAUAUCUCCUUCGAAACGAAGGAACGAAGCCUUACAACGUGGUUUCCGGCGACUCUCCAAUUUCGAGAUGAAUUUUUAAUCGAUAUUUUUUUUUUCUCUUCUUUUUUUUUUUUAUUACUUUUACGUUCUCUCUCCAUUCCGCGAAAGGAAACGCCGAAAAUCAAUACACUCUUAGGCGAGUAAACGCUAUUUAAGUACUAACUAAUUACGACAAAUGUAUAUGACAAAUAUAUAUGAGAAAAAUUAUAUUUAAUUAAAGAAGUAAUGGAAUUUUUUAGAGGAAGGAUGUGCGUGCUAGAUCAAAGCAGAUCAAAAGGGGAAAAAAAGAGAUAGAAAGAAAAAAAGAGGAGAAAGAGAACAGAAGAUAGAUAGAAAGAAGGAUAGUUAGAGAGAAAUAGAGAAAGAGAGAGAUUUAAUACGAAUGAUGGCACGAAAAGGUGACACGAAAAACAAAUCGUUUUAUAUAUUGAUCGCUGCUCGUGAAACGAAUCCAAUGUAAAAAAAAUUCUAUUUCAUCAUUAUAUUUCUUUCGAUCACGUGCUCUGUUUCCAAGUAGUUGUUUCUUUAUAGGCGAUAAGUUUCGUGAAAUAUGUAUUUUAUGAUUGAUCGCGAUUAAUAACGAACGAUCGAUCGUUCGAUCGAUUUGAAUUUCCCGCGUGCCGCGCGAAGGACCCACCGUCGGUAACAAAGUCUUUCGUCGUUCUUACACGUUUUUACACUUUGUCGAAGCUCCUUCGCCCCCCGUCUUUAUAUUUCAUGUUAUUAACUAUAUUAAUAUUCGUUUUUAUUUUAUAUAUAUAUAUAAAUAUUAUAUAUAUAUAUAUAUAUAUAAAAUACAAUUUAUAUAAAUAGAUAAAUAGAUAGAUAGGAAUGUUAAUCGAUAUAUCCUACCGUACUAGUAUUUAAAUCCUCCCCGUAUCCCCUCUUUUAUGAAUUUUAUUUCAACGUUAUUUUAUUAUAAUCGUUUUUAAUCAUUUCCUUUUUUUUCUUCCCCUCUCCCCCCUCUUCCCUCCGGUUACGUUUAACAAUGAAGAGAUGAAAGUAAAAAAUUACAGUGCAAUCGACGCGUGAUGAAAACGUAGCAGCGACAGAAUCAUACGUAAAUACAAAAAAAGGGGGAAAAAGCAAAAAAGUAUUAUAUCGCGAUGCGUUAUAGUCGUUUCUACCAGGGAUUAAGUUGAAACAAAAAAAAAAAAAAAAAAAAAAAAGGGAAGAAAGAAAAAAGAGAGAAAGGAGGAAAAGUGAGAAAAAAGUGAAUCGAGAGAUUAAAAGUAUUUCAAUUUGAAUGAAGAGUAUUUCAAUUUUUUUCGAUUACUUUGUUUCAAUUUGCAAAGUUUUUGUUUUUCGAAGAAUUUUUUUUUUUUUUCAUUCGCGUUACUUUUUUCCAUGUUUAUUAUUAUUAAGGUUAUUAAGAUUAUUACUAUUAUAUUAUUAUUAUUAUUAUUAUUAUUAUUAUUAUUAUUAUUAUAUUAUUACAUUAUUAUUGUAAUAAUUAUUAUUACCUAAUUAUUACCUAAUUAUUAUUAUUAUAUUAUUAAUGUUAUUAUUAUUACUUGACUAUUUUUCUUGUUGUUAAUUUUUUUUCUUAAGUUCGGUUACAUUUUUAGAGAGAAAACAAAAUAAAAAAACAAAAAAAAAAGAACAUGACCGUCCAGGAAAGGCUUUCACCUACUUUCCCGACCAAGCCGUUCAAAGAGCGAAUCAGUUCAUUGAUCCUCCCCAUCCCGCUCUCCCUCCUUCCCCCUCCCUCUCCCGGGAUUUAAGAUUGCAAACGAGAAAACGCGUUGUUGAGCUAGUCAUUAUUCAAGAUGGGCCAGGGUCCUUUGCGCGCUCUCUUCACUUGUCUAUACACGCGAAUAAACAUAUAUAUAUAUAUAUACACACACACACAUACACAUACACAUUCAUACAAAUAUAUAAGCAGCCGACAUGCACGAUUUCACGAAGACAAUGAAAGCCCAAUCAUACAGCGAGACAGCCGCGUCGUUUGUUUUUUCUAAGACGAUUUUUUUCUAAAAAAUUGAUCAGCUUUAUGGAAAACGGCACUAUUUAUCAUGUAAAAAUCUAUUUGAAAGACUCUAAUUUAUAUAUAUUAUAUACUUUAGAAAUUUUUUUUUCUAUCAAAAUUGUUAUAUCAUUAAUAUAUAAUUAUUAUUAAGAGUUAUAUAUAUUUGAGAAAAGAAAUGAAUUUUGAGAGAUAAGUUAAUUAGUUUUUAAUGGCCUAGGAGUCGCCAUUUAAAGAUCAACCGCCAUUUCAUUAUCAUCGUCUUUUUAUUAUAUUUAAGAUAUAUUGAAAAAAGAAAAAGAAAAAAAAAAAAAAAGAAAAAAGGGAAAAAAGAAAAUGGAACUGAAAUCUUUUUCCAGAAAGCUCGUCAAUUAUAUUUCACGUAUUCUUUUUCUAAAUUUGUUAACAUUAUGUUUUUUUCUAUCUUAAUUAAUUAAUUAACCGCUACAACUCGAGAGACGGAAUAUUAGCGUUAAUUAUUUAAACGGAUAUAGGUGUAACAAAUUAACUCUUAACUGACAGGAUAUAAGUGUAUUAUAAAUAAAAUAUAGGUUAUUAAAAAUAAUUAUUAUUGAAUACAAAAAGUGAAAAACGCAAAAAAUAUCGAACGAGCGAUUAAAACGAUUAAACAAGUAUAAAUGUUCCUGUACAGCAUUUAAGAAUCAAAGGACACAUAACACGUACACGUACAUAAGAAAAAAAAAAAGAAAGAAGAAGAAGAAAAAGAAAAAGAGAAAGAUAAAAGAGAAGUUAAAAGAUACAAUGGUAGUGCUCGACGAAUAUAUAUGAGCAUUGGAAAUAAAAUUGAAAGAAACGAAAAUGAAAGAGGAAAUUUAAUCGAAAUAUAAAUAUAUAUUAUAUAUAAAUAUGUAUACACAUACACACAGACAGUUUUUUCGUUUUUCCUUUCUUUUCUUUCUUUCUUUUUUUCGUUCAUUCUUCCCUUACCUUUUCUUUCUCGUUACGUUUCUUACGUCAUUGUUGGUAUUAGAGGGGAAAGAUUCGACACUUGUAAAUUACUCGUGUAUAUAGGGAUAAAAACGUUAUUUCGAGAGCAGUAAAGAUGUAUACACGUCUUUUUUUUUUCUUUAGAAAAGAUCGUUAGAAUGAUACGCCUACGAACGUGAUACGUGAUUUUUCUAUAUUUAUCCUUUCUUUUUUUAAACACGUUUUAUUUUUUUGAAAAUCAUAAAAUCAUUUUUCUCUAUUAGAAUUAUAAUUCGUGUAUAGAAACAAUCAUAAUUAGUGGGAAAAAUUUUUCAUGAACUGAGAAACAAGGAAAGAAGUUCAUAUAAAUAUAUAUUUCAUUUGACUUUGUUCGCGAGAUACAACAAGUUUUUUGAUGACAAACAAAAUGACAAUCCGUCAUUUUGUUUCUGAUUAUCUUCAAAAAAGAUAAAUAAAUCGGUUAUCUUUUCAAAUCAAUUGUUUUAAACUAGAAUAUAAUAAAUUUAUUUUGAAUUAUAAUAUUUUAAAAUUUCGAACAAAUUUUGAAGAAUGGAUAAAAUCUAAUUUUUCUUCUCAUUUAUUAUUCAUAUUUUUAUUCGUAGAUCACAGAAAUACAAUGAACAAAAUAAAUAACAAAUUUAAAAAAUUAUUCAAAACUUAUUACAUUUCGUAAACGAGAUAAAAUAAGAUACAUUUUUAUAUCUAUCUUUUUUAGACUUACUAUAUUUUUUAAACAUAUUUCCUAUUUAUUACGGGACAUAUUCUGUACAAUGAAAUUAUUGUAAUCUUGAUUAAUUUUUUUUUUUUUUUACUCCCCAAACGAAUAUCAAUUUUCAUUUAGGAUUUUGAGAUACGCCAUCUUGUUUCCUUUUUUCGCGCAGAAACGUUCGAUAGACGAAUGAAAGGAAAUUGAAUAGAAUAGACGGACGAGUUCCUUCGUGCCCGCAUCUAGAAUAUGUACAUACAUAUAGAGUUUAGAUAACGAGAAAAAAAAAUAAUGAUAACGAAAUACGUGAGUUGUAUGUAUAAAAAAAACUAUAAGUACAAUAAUUAAACGAAUGUCCAUAAUUAAAAAGGUGGUUCACUAGCGUCGUAUGAAUAUAGGGUGACGAGACGUUUUUCAAUUGUGAUCCUAAUAUCGGGUAUAGAGGCGAGUCUUUUCGAAUAAUUUUCCCGAUUCACGUGAAAUUCGAUGCCUCUGCUUCGAACGCGGGCCAAACCAAAACAUUUCUCACGAAAUAAAUAAUUCUCGAAUAGGGGAAACGUUAUUAUAUUACAUAAUACAAUUCGUCCCUACAGCUGCCAUUCCUUUUUGCAAAUUGGAAUUUUACGUUUCACUCGUUUUAAUUUCAUCCAUCAUGCAUCCACUAUGCACGAAAAAUAAAUAAAUGAAUAAAUAGAAAUAAUAAAAGUAAAGGUUUGCCCGCCUCUCGAAGCGAAGAAUAGAGAUUAUUACAGAAGGAAAAGAAGAAAGAAAGAAAAAAGCAAAAACCACGAUUAAAAAUUCCCAUUCCAAGACUUAGCGUCGAUCAACGAAUAUUUUUUCGAUUUUUCUUUUUCUCGAAUCGGUCACGGCAUUAAAAAUUUCGAAAAAAAAAAAGAAGAAACUGAGGAUAGAAUAAGGAAAUAACUAAUGAAUUAAUAAACUGAGGAUAAACGAUGCGGAAAAAAGAAAAAAGCCGUCUUUCCCUUCGAUACCAAACGUUCUUAGUAAUAAAUACACCAAGAGUAUUAGUGUUAAUAACGGAUAGUGCAGAAAAAAAAACGCCAGUAACGAGAGGAGAAAGAGAAACGGAAGGAAUAGAAACGAAAAGUGCUAACUACUCUACCGCUUAGAGUAAUAACGAUUAAGAUCGUUCUAGAUAUGUCAAAAUGAUUAAAAGAAAAAAAAAAGUAAUUAAUUAACGAUAAAAAAAAUCAACAUAUGUGUAUAUACGUAUAUAGGAAUAUAAGAGGAUAUACAAGAUGAAGAAAGAGAAAUAAAGAGGAAUAAAUACGAUGAAUUAAAAAAAGAAAUUAAGAGAGCGAGAAAGUCAACGAAGAAAAAAAAAGAAAUAAAUAGAUAAAAAGAUGAAAAAGUGAAAAAUAAAAAAAAAAAAGGAAAAAGAAGAAAAGGGAUGAGAUACGAUGAGAAAAAAUUCACAACGGAGUUUCAAGCUUCCCAACUUGAGUCAAGGGUUUUAGCUGCUGCAGCAAGCAAUCAAUCACAAAGCGAUAACAUUAAACAAUUAAAUUAUAUUCGUAUUAAAAAUAAUAAUAAUAAUAAUAAUAAUAAUAAUAAUAAUAAUAAUAAUAAUAAUACUAACGCAAAGAAUCUGCUCGCGCUGAAUGCUGUGUCGCCAGAGGCAACACAACGAUUCUUUUAUUAUCUAUAUCCAGUAGAGAUCGAUGAUUUGUCCAACGUUUUGCCCGGCGAUGACGGGCUCAUAGGACGAUUUGUAUACGCUGUCGCUUUAAAUGAAACAAAGAAUGCUGUUUCGCGUGGCUAACGAAUAUACCCUGGUUCGCAUCGGUAACGUGAUUGUCGAGCAACUGUGAACCGCGUUAUAUUUUAAUAAUCGAUAUUCUUCUUUUUACAUACGAAUGAAAUUUAUUCAUUUAUCUGAAUGCAAAUUAUUAUUAACAGAUUGUUUAGGAUUAUUUUAGGAUUAAAGAAAAAAACAAAUUGUCGAAUCGUCUGAUCAAUUAUAUCUCAAUUUGCGCGAAGUUUUUAAUUUAAUUUGAACGUUGAUUUUUUUUUUUUAUUUAGAUUAACGUUUCGAAUCAUGCAAUUUAUUCAAUUUGCAUUAAUCGUAUAUAUUUCAUAACUUCAUUUAGAUCGUUAUUUUUUCGCGAAACUUUCUUUCGAUCCUUUUUCACAAACGUAAUUUUCUUCACUUCUCGAACAAAUUAUCACCCGUUUUGUUUAAUAAUCGGGAAAUCGGGCAUCCACAGUUGCUCGUCUCCCAUCGCGUCCCACCAUUCAAUUAGCUGCUGCAACAUAUCGCUCGCGUGUACCCACCUAUUUAGCUUCUUGCGCGCAUUUUUGACUCUGCCGAGAAAACCAACGAACCAGAUAUCCAAUAAACAAUAGAGAGCAACAACAAUAACAACAACAAGGAGCCGAAGGAAGCGAAAAACCGAUUCUCGAAUGAAGAAGGAUAACGAUGAUGAUGAUAAUGAUAAUGGCAAGAAUGAGCGGCAAGAAACGACCGAGAGGAAAUGGAAAGAUUCAAUGGCGUGGACGAGAGAGAGAGAGAAAAGGACCCUCUGCAGAGAAAUGGAAAACAGCGAACAGAAAUGGCGAAAAAAAUUCGAAACGCGUGCGAAUCCGGGAAUUCGUACGGAUAUUUUCGCCGCGCGUUUAAUCGGAUUGUCUACCGUCGACUGGACUACCGUCGCCAUCCCAAUCCGAAAUUGUCGACACGGACGUCCGUCCGAUCGGAUUUGCCGUCGGAUAACCCGUCCACGGCUCGUGGAACGCGAAUGGAGUAUCAUUGCCAUUAGCCCGUAUCGAGAAGUGGAUUGCCGAUUGAAAAGGAAUCCGUGGAAAAAUAAUGGAGAGAGAAAGAGAGAGAGAGAGAGAGAAGGCGUAUGGGUCGGUCGAUAGAACGUAUACACACGGAUAUAUCGAGUGAAUAGAAAGAGAGAAAGAGAGAAAGAGAAAAAGUAUAAAAUCAGAUAAGUAGAAGGUAAAGCGAGAAAGAGAAAGAGAGUAAACAAACGAUAUACAUACCGAAAAUAUAAUACAUACUACAGACCGUCCACAUCAAGGGCAAGCUUGUCCGUUAAUAGACGAGAACGAAGGAGGGAUGGAGCAACACUCGAGGGGAAUUUUGUUCUAACCGCUAAUAGACGGAGUAUAAGGAGACAUCGCAUGACGGGCUUUAGUUCUAUGUGGAUUCGAACGUGCACAUAGAGGAUGCGCGUUCAAUCCAUAGUUAAUACGAGAAAGGAAUAAAAAUAGCGUCGCGCGUACACGCUUCUCGAGUACAUUAGAGUAAAUUAAAUAUAGAUGGUAGAUUACAGAACGAAGAAUAUAUAUAUAUAUAUAUAUACAUAUAUAUACAUAUAAUGAUGAUAUAUUUUUGACUUUUAUUCUAUACGGUAAGCGGGCUAAUUACGAAAUAUGUAAAUUAACUUAUCCCUAGGAAGACAUAACCGGAGGAACAGGUGGAUCUCUGGAUGAAAAAGUCACAGUUUUUUUUUUUUUUUGGCAAAGUUUCAAUCCAUGAUAUUUGAUAACCGUUGACGCAAAGAGGGAAAUUGUGCGAGGAAAGGGAAAGAGGAAACAAAAGCGUUGAAUUGAAAAAAAAAGAAAAGAAAACGAUUGUUGGAAAAGGAAGAAGGAAUAAUAGUGGAGAGAGAAAAUGAAAUACUUAUGCUUGACAUAAAUGGGUGUUUGUUUUACUCGACGGGGAAUGGAAAACGAUGAAAUCCAUAUUUCUCUGCAGAGGUGAAAGGUGUUGUUUCUUCAACCUGUAAUAUUGUCGUUUGCGCAAGAGCGGAUUGUUUCCCAGGAGGAUGGAUGGAAAGAUCCAGACGAAUGGAAUGGAAGAGAAGACGAACGUACGGUGUUGAACGCGAUUCAUGAAAUGUAUCAAGGAUGGAAAUAAAUUUGAAUUUUUUUACAAGUUAUACACUUGUAAAACGUACAUAUUACAAAUAUACAUAGAUAUACAAACACAUGCAUACACGUUCGAACAGUCAUAUCUCGUACCUACACGCGAUAUAUUACAAUAUAUAUAAAAAUAUCGAUGUAUGAUUCUUCGAGAGAAUUCAAGUUCCUUUUUUGUUUGGAAUAUCCGUUUAUCAUCCUGAAAUGGAUAAUUUUCUUCUCAGAUUGUUUAAAAAAAGAAAAAGAAAAAAAUGAAAAAGAUGAGAUUGUUUACUGAAAAGAUACCUCGAUUCGAUUUUUAAUAAUGUAGCAGAGAGAAGAUUGUUCAAACACAUGCACGCACACAUACAUAUAGAAAUACACACAUGCCGUGUUUUCAAACUUGGAAUUUCUAGAUAAACGAGCAACUAGCAGAACAAAACAGAAUAAUAGGAAUAAUAAAAAAAAAAUAAAGAAUAAAACGAUAAAACGCGUUCGACAUUGGUAGCCUCGAUGUUUAAACAAAGAGAUAGAAUGGGAGUGAAUGAGAAGAAGAUGAAGAAAAAGAAGAAUAAGAAGAAAAAAGUGAAAAAAAAACACGUAACGACGAAUUAACUAACUUUUUCUCGAGAAUUAAGCUAACGAAUGAAUUAAAUAGUAUUUUUCGAGUUUAGAAUUAUAUUAAACGGGAAACGAUUAAAUAAUUAAAUAAAUAAAGUCGUAGUGGUUAAAAAAACAUCAUAGAUUACACAGAUUCUUAGCUGGUAGUGGACGAAGCGAAAAAAAAAAAAAGAAACUUUUACCGGUUCGAUUAAUUGCAUGUUAGUUGUAUUCCAGCCUAAACGCCCUAGUAAAGCUUCUCAUUAGUGUGUCGAUUUUAGAAAAUGAAAGACUUUUUGAAAUCCGUCGCGGCCGCCCGCCGUUUCUCCUUUACGAACACGGACGACGAGCAAAACAUAAGAUAAACAUAAGAGGAAAUGAGAUUAAUUAGGGAAAUACGUAUAGAAACGUCUAUCCUUUUGAUUGACCGACAACUCUGUCCAUUUUUUCUAUCGUACAACGAAACGGGAAAUCCUCCAACCGCAUACAAACAAUCUCCGCCAAGGUAGACGACGAACUCUUACGUCCGCUUUCGUUCUUUCCCUUCUUUCCGCCAUUUUCUUCUUUCCUCCGAAUCUUCUCUCCCCUCCCCCCUCCUCUCUCUUUGCUUCCUCCUUAACCAAACUCCCCUACCUCCUCGCUCACACCACUUCGGUUACAUCACUCCUUCACGUCCUUCAAUUUUUUUCUUGAAAUGAAAAAACCGCGACGAGAGCGGAGACGAUAUUCGAUCUCACGCCCAAGUAACCGUUUAGUGUCUAAAUAUAAAACGUAAAAAAACUAUUAACAAGGAAAAAAGUACUCUCUAAAUAACGAGCGAGCAAACAAAAUAAAAAAAAAGAAGUAAAUAAAUAAAUAAAUAAACGCUAAAUAAUUACAUUUACUUAAAGGUAAAACAUGAUUUUAGAUAACGUAGACGUAUUUAAAAGAGGAAUAAAUGAAAUAAAUCGAAGGAAUAAACGAAAAAAAAAAUAAAUAAAUAAAGAUGAAAUAAACGAUGGAAAAACGAGGUUAGAAGAUGAAGAAGAAGAAGAAAGAAAGAAGAACAUAGUUAGCUUCCUUUAACAUAGUUUCCUCGUCAACAGACCACAGAGGGCCAGAGGCACGCGCGCGCGCGCACCGCGAGAAACAGCCAUCUUCCAUUCUUUGCUCUCCGGUGCAGGAUCUUCUACAGACGAAUAUACAUACAUAUAUAUACAUAUAUGUAUGUAUAUAUAUAUGUAUAUAUAUACCUUGUCUUGAACGAGAAAAAGUGAGAAAAAACAACAAGAAACAAAGAGAGAAGAAACAGGAAAAAAAACACACACGCAAUUGUGCCGUUUUUUCAACAAACUAAAAAGAUUGCAGAAAGAGACGUCCAUUUGAGAAAUAUUUCGAAGAGCGAUACAAAGAAAAUAAAAAUAAAAAAAUACGGAUACCCUCUCGUACAUCUGGUCCCCAUCAUACCCCACCCUUGCCCAGAAACACACAUUUCUUGAUCUUCGUUACGACUAAAAGGAAAAAAAGGAAAAAGGAAAACAAGGAAAAAAAGAAUAUCGAACCCUCGUUCGUCGAAGUGAACGCAAACUAUUAAAGUUCUAACCCCCCGCUUCUUCUGUGCUAGCGACUUAGACAAAGAGGACGUUGAAUAAUUAUCAUUUAAUAAUUAAUCACCCGUGAAUCUUAUUCGAGGGAAAUGAGGAAAAAACGAGAAAGAGAAACUGGUAUUCAAGUUGUUCAAGUGGAAAUCUUGUAAACCUUAUUACAUCGAGCCUUUUGUACAUCGUCCAUUUGAAACGCCGUGUCGAAAGGAGGCUUGGAAUCGCUCGCUCCACUCUUUCGGCGGGAAAUUUUAAAAAAUGAUCACGACGCACUGCUCUUUCGACGCAGUUCCUUCGACUCGGUGAAAGCGUUUCAAGCGAUUACGUGUUUUCAUGUUUGACGCGACGCUUCGUGGAUAUAGGAUGGCCAACUCUAGGAUAGAUAGAUAGAACACGUGUCAUCGCAACAUACAGAUCGUCUAAUCGAUUAUAAUCCUGAACGAAUUAGGUGAACGAACGCGCACAACGAUUUAUUCGAAACAAACGUCAAAACGAGUGCUCGUGUUUUCCCUUGCUUCACGUGUGAGCUUCUGCGCCUAUUGCGAAAACGCUUCUCUAGACUUUUUCUGAUCUGACGUGUAUACAUAAAGGGACACACACACACAUAUAUAUAUAUAUACACAUAAUAAUACACAUAUUACACAUACACAUACGUAUUAUUACACACGUCUAAACACACAGAUACGCGAGUUAUUAUAUCGUGGUAGAAAUCGUGUUAGUUAGAUGUUCUUGGUCAUUUAUACGUAUGCAAACGCGCACGCCUGAGCUACGCUACAAUUAGACGAUGGUCAUUAUUAAUAUAUCUAUAUCUAUAUGUAGUAUGUAAUAUUAAUCGCCCACAAUGUUUGUAUACUAUUAGAGAUAGAUAGCCGCUUAGAAAGUUGCACGGUGUCACUUUUUGCUGAUCGCUAGUUUCGAAUGCCCUCCCCCCCCCGUUCCGCGUCGAGGCCCCACUUUAUCGUUGCUGUCUUAAAAAACACGUUCUUCGAUAUCGAUCCCCCAAAUUACUCGAAAUUCGCGUUAGAAAGUUCGAAAUAUCGGCUUAUACUUCGUCGUUAGGGAUUUUUAACACGUUGACUCGAGGUUAUUCGGUAUUUGUGAUAAUUACACAGUGAUAAUUAGAUGAUUCGGUGGGAAAAUCGUUCAAACUUAUCGAAUAUGUAGAUACUUUUGGCAAAAUUAAUUUUAAUUUUAAUUUUCUUCUCGAAAAAGAUAUCGAAAAUUUUUUUUUCUUUUUUUCGAGUCUUUCAAUUGUAUAUUUAUAUUUGUUAGAUUUUAAACUAGUUCUAAAAAAUUUAAUAAAUAAAUAAGUAAAAUUAUUUUCACCCUACCGCGAAGAAAAUAUUAAAUCUUUGUAUCGUCAUGGUGGCUUCGAUCUCUAUAGAGUCAACACGUUAAAAAAAUUAUUAAUACGAUCAGUAAAAGUUUUUCUUUUAUUCUUGAUAGACAAUGAUAGAUUCUUCGCAUCGAUAGUUCCAGAUACACAGUUCUAGUUACUAAGCGUUCUCCUCUUAAAAUGAAACUAAAAACACACGACUACGCAGACGCUCGCAGCGCAAUCUGAUGAAUAGGUUCCUAGUUGGUAAAGUGUUCCUCGUGCGAAAAAUUCAAAAAUUCAAAUUCAAUUCAAUAGGCCACAGCUUUUUUUCUCUUUAUAAGCAGAUCGAUUUUAUUUAGAUUCCGAUUCGAAGAUAUUUCAAUUUCAGUUCAACCGGUCACCGAUCAGACCAGGUGGAAAAAUACGGUGAAAUCAGAAAAAGAUUACGCCGAUAUAUUGUGAACGUUUUUAACUCGACAACGAUGCUCGAUGGGUGCUCGACUCGCAUCAUUUAAAAAAAAAAAAAAAAAAACUUUCGUUCGAACACUUUUUCUCCGAGUGUUCCAAUGUCGGCCAUAUUGAACGUAUUAGUGUUCCAUUCAUUUUUCGCGGUGUCUACGGCAAAAAAAGAAAAAAAAAAAAGAAAAAAAAAUAUAAAAUGAUAACAAAAUGCCUGUAUAGCCUCGAAUGAAACAGAAUUAAUCCGGUGUUACUUAUACCUCUACUUGUUGUAAUAUCUCGAGACAAUUGCUUGGUUUCCUCUCUGUCCUUUACUCCCCCGAAACCUCUGUCACGUCCUUCCGACGUAAUUAAGAAACACGGUCGCCCCCCUUGACUACAAGUUUUCUAAAAAAAAAAAGUAAGAAAAAAAUACGAAUAAAAAAAUAAGAAAAUGGAAAAUAGAAAAGAAUGAAAGAGUAGAAAAAAAAGUUUUUCGAUAGUGGAAGGAUGAAUAAAUCGAAGAUGGAAAAUUGACGAACGAACGGAAAGUAAAAAAAAAAAAUUCAAAAUUUCGAAAUCGAUUCUAUUAGGCAUCCGCGACGAUUCUAUCGAUAAAAAAGAGAAGAAGAAAAAAACGAGCAAUGCGAAAGGAAGAAAAUGAAAAACAAAACGAAACGAAAAUUAUUACGUAAUAUAAUAUAUAUAUAAAUAUAUAUACUUUUAAGGUAAUGAAUUUAUAAAGGUAUUUACAGUUUACGAAUAAACGAAAACGAAAAAAAAAAAAAUAAAAGGAGAAUCUUCUGUGGCAGCAUAAUAAAACGGAAAAUAAAAAAAAUUUACUAGUUCGACAACUUAAAACUAACCGUACGUUGGAGACGAGACCGAAGGAUUCUUCGUCGAACGGUUCCAUGAUAUUUCGUGGAGAAUCCUUCGGAGCUGCGCGUCUAUUGACAGUGAUGUAACUAUUAACAUGUAAUCCCUUAACGUUAUAUUUUUCCGGUGGUAGCUUGAGAAUUCGUGCCAAAAAGCGUUUAUUCAAGAGAAAACAAAAAAAUAUAAUCAAAACGUAUUAAAAAAAAGUAUUCGUUUCAUCCUCAAAAAACACUCAUUUAACGAAAUAACGAAACAAAAAAUACACGAAUGAUACGAACGUUUGCUUUGUAUUCGAUGGUUAUUUUUGACCUAAUCGAUUUCGCAAUCGGUAAUAAUAUUGAUUAAAUAAACGAAAAUUAGAUAAAAUUUGGAUCUACUGGCGUAGGUCAUUUUUGACCCAAUCAUCGCGUAUCGUGGUUUAUAGACCAACGAAAGAAGCAAAUAAACGGUUUUGGCACGAGCUCGAUAGCUACACUAAUCACCGGCAGUUUGUGAUAUAUUUAGUAAAACAAAUUUAAAAAAAAAAUGGUUGUUAUUCAAAUUAAAAAUGAAAAAAGAAAAAAAAAGCGAGGAGAAAUGAGAGAAAAGAGAAAAGCGCCUAGCGGUUUUACAUCCACACAACACACACCAAAUGGAUUUAGUGACACGCGCGUACUGCUGAGAGAAGCAAGACACAAAUGGUUCCACGGUGAAGAUGAAUCUUCUAGGGCAUUCCGUGAUAGCGAACGGCCAGAACGAUCGAGAUUCGAUAACUCGACGGCCGUGUUGGGGGACCGUGUUGGCUCGAAUCGAUCGUUCCCGUCCUGUUCCACUGUGAUUCGUUGAUUCACGCGAAACGAAUUUUUCUAAACGAAAAAUGUUCAAGCGCCGUUUGUAUCGUAUCGAGACUUAGCCAUGAAAAAUAAUAAUAAUAAUAAUUUUAUACGACCGUAUACAUGCAUAUAUACACAUACAGAGGACACACAUGACACACAUGUCACCGGAGACACGUUAAAUAUGCAACUCUGGGAAAACGAAUAAUAAGCGAGAUUUCUCUCUAUUUUGCCCUCUCAGCAGCAUCGUCGUCGUCUUCGGAUUAUGAACUAAUUGUAAAUUUUAGGUAUUACCGCGCAUAAUAAUAGAAGAAAAAAGAGAGAGAGAGAGAAAGAAAGAGAGAAAACGAAAAUGAUUUGCGCGAGAGAACGAGCGUGAGAGAGAGAGAGAGAGAGAGAACGAGAGAAAGAGCGAGCGAGCGAGAGAGAGAGAGAGAGAGAGCGCAAGCGAAAGAGCGAGAGAGAGAUAAAAAUGCGAUAAGUAAGAAAAAAGCGAGGCGUUACUAUCGUGGAGGAGAGGAGGAAUAAGAAGAGUAACAAAACAACAAAAAAAAUAUUAAUAUGAUAAUACACAUAACAACAUACACUAUAUAUUGUAAUAUUAUUUUUCGAACAUAGUAAUGUAAUGUAGAAUAUAAUAUAUAUAUUAUAUUAUAUAUUAUAUAUAUUAUAUAUAUAAUAUGAUAUUGUAACUGAUCAUUUCGUAUAGCGCCAACGGCCGAACGAAGUGUUUGGAGAUUAAGACAGGUGAAACAAAAAACUUUAAAAAAAAAAACGAAAAAAAAAAAGAAAUUAAUUAAGGUGGGCCAGAAGCGUCGGCGAGCCGAGUGGCGCGGGGUCACGGCACAUAUUUUUACCAAGGUUUUUCGAGUAUAUUCAGUCCCCCUUCGAUUCCUAAUAUAAACGAGAACUUUAAAAAUAAAAAAAAUAAUAAAAAAAGAAUGGUCACGUACCCGUGCGCCACUAUCGCUUCCGUGCCGAUUUUCUUAGCUUGCAGCCGUUGAUCGGUCGUCGAACGGUUUACAUUCGCGUCAUGAUCUCGUUGUGUUCAAGAAUGUAUCAUGUUUACAGGAAAAAAGAUGAUAAAUGAAAGAGAUGGAAACAAGAGAGUGAAACGAAGGCGUUGCAAAAAGAUACGUCGUAACAAGUGAAUUAAUGAAUUGUAAAAUUAGUAACGCGACGAAUACAGAGGUAAUCGCGUGGUGAACGAUAUUUCGGAAGUUCGAUCCUCGCGCGUUGUUUCAUGUCGCUGAGACUUUGAAUGUUGUUAAUCGCCUAACAGAGAAAGAAAAAGAGAGCAAAUAUUUGUAAGUAGAAUGGUUAAAAGAGAGAAAAAGAGAGAGAGAGAGAAAGAAAAAGAAUGAGAAAGAGUGGUGAGAGAAGGACAAUCCUCGUUGUUCCAAAUCGCGAACGUUCGGCGACCGAGCUACGACAUAUUUUCAAUUGGUCGAAUCGGAGAAUAAAACGAAGGAGAGACGUAGAUGAUGCUGUAAUGAUAUUAAUGUCGACUAUCGUCGAUCGGUAAUGAAGGGAUCUAAGAUAUCCCAUGUACGGCUAUCGUCCCCUUCGAAUUUCAUUCUUCGAUCUCGACAUUUGCGUAUCCUAAUUUUUCAAUGUCCAUGAGAGGACGAAGAGUCGAGCAGAAGCGUGUACAGUGGGGGUGGUUGGUUACUAUAAUAUGAAUAAAAAAAGAAAGAGAAAA